ACCAUGACCAAACCCAUCACAACUCAUCUCAUCACAUUCCAUACACACAUCCAUAGCAGCUUCAAGCUAAGGUGAUACUACUACAUUCAGAGAGAAGAAGCAGAAAGAGAUAAGAGGUUCUGAGAGAGACUGAGAGAGAUGGGGAGGGCACCUUGCUGUGACAAGGCAACAGUGAAGAAGGGGCCAUGGUCACCUGAGGAGGAUGCAAUGCUCAAGAACUACAUUGAGGAGCAUGGCACCGGUGGCAACUGGAUUGCACUGCCUCACAAGAUUGGGCUGAAGAGGUGUGGCAAGAGCUGCAGGCUAAGGUGGCUGAAUUACCUGAGGCCAAACAUAAAGCAUGGGGACUUCACCCCAGAGGAGGACAGCAUCAUCUGCAGCCUCUACAUUAGCAUAGGGAGCAGGUGGUCAAUCAUAGCAGCACAGCUGCCAGGGAGGACGGACAACGAUGUCAAGAACUACUGGAACACAAAGCUGAAGAAGAGACUCCUUGGCCGGCGCAAGGACCGCGGCGGCGGCCACCACCACCGCAGCCAGAGCACCGCCGACGAUCUUCCGGCCGGUGGUGACGGCGGCAUGAACGACGGCGGCGGCGGCGGCGGAGAGCGGUCGCUGAGCGCGUCGGCGAUGGAGAGGAUCCAGCUCUGCAUGCAGCUGCAGGAGCUGCAGAACCCACUGUCCAUCCACCACAACCCCUUGCUCUCUCAUCAGUGGCCAAGCAAGGCCACCAUUGAUGAUCAGAAUCACAACAAUGUCACUGUGGCUGAACAUGGAAUGUCAAGCUCUGUGAGCGACCACCACCGCCUCGAUGGGCAGCAGCUGGAGAGCGGCGCCGGCGCCGCCGCCAUGCAGCAGGCGUCGCCGUCGAGCGGCGGCGAGAACUCCAACGUCGUCGUCGCCAUCGAGGCCGAGCUCCAGGAGCUUCUCUACGCCGGCGGCGGCGCGAUCGUCGACGGCGGCGCGCCGCCGCAGGGGGAUGUGGACUGGUGGAGCUAUGAUCAGGGAAAGCAGUCACCUGUGACUUGCUGGGAUUUCACCCCUGAAACCAGCUCCAUCUUCCAGGAUUAUGCAACAGUUUAUGACAUCUGAAAAUUGUGAAGAGGUUUGAUAAGGAUGUUAAUUAGGGAGGUAAUAAUAAUAAUAAUAUAAAUAGGGAUUGUCUAGCCUUUGUGUUCUUUGAUCAGUGACACCUAAAACCAAACUGUAAGGAGUUUGUUGUAAGAAAUUUGUAGCAAGGGAUAAAUAAAAAGGUAUGGUAAAAAAUAUAUAUACCAGGUCCAAGAGAUGAUGUAAUCUUGGCACCAUUCUGUCAAA